CCAAGGGCCGAGCUAAACGACGCUGCGGGGCGGGCGCUCUCGGCUUGUUGUAUAAUAAGGCGAGCAUGAGUGCGUCGGUGUGUCAGAGGUUCUGGGGAGCAGCACGGUCCGGCUGUAGAUACAUCCAACGCACAGCAACCGCCGCAAUGCCCAUCAAGGUCGGUGACAAGCUGCCUUCUGUCGAAGUGCACGAAGGGGACCCCCACUGCGUUGUCAACAUCGCAGAGCUCUUCAAGGGGAAGAAGGGCAUCCUGAUCGGAGUGCCGGGGGCCUACACACCAGCCUGCACUAAGGACCACCUGCCCAGUUACGUGCAGGGCCACGCCGAGCUGAAGGCCAAGGGAAUCGACAUCAUUGCCUGCAUUGCCGUCAACGACGCCUUCGUCAUGAAGGCCUGGGGCGACGACCAGAAGGCUGACGGGAAGGUGCGGAUGCUGGCUGAUCCGACCGGCGCCUUCACACGGGCUGUGGACCUGGAGCUGGAUAAGGAGCAGCUGAUCGCCGCCCUGGGAAACAAGCGCUGCAAGAGGUUCCUGAUGCUGAUUGAAGAUGGCGUGGUGAAGCGUCUAAACGUGGAGCCGGACGGGACCGGACUGAGCUGCAGCCUGGCCCAACACGCCAAGGGCUUGAUCUGAGGCAUCCCGUGGGCUGGUGACGUCGGCUGAGCCCGGAGGCUGAUAGAAUCUGGGGUGCCAGGCAGCACCUUACAAUAAAAAUUAUUCCCACCGCA